UCAUUUAUCAAUUCAUCAUUAACCCACUCUCACAAUAUCCCCUUCAUCAAUUAAAAUUCCUUAUCUCUUAUCAUUUCCUUAUCAAUGAAGAUUUGCAUAAUUUGAGGAUUCUAGAAUUUGUUUUUUUAUUACUCCUAUGCUUUUCGGUUCUUGAUCAGACGGAAAUCUGAUAGCUUGGGUCUUGUUUAUUUUCUCUUGUAGCUGUAAAAAUGCUUUUUCUUUGACUAUUUCAGUGAUGAAAUUGUUGAUCACUCAUCAGUCAUUGAAACCCUGAUCAUAGAAAGACCCAGAUUCUGUUUCCUGGUAAAACUUAUCGAUUUUGUGAGCCGAUUGGAGUUAUCAUCUUCUGUCUCUGAUUGCAUGUUUAAAUUCCAAGUUCUACAAGCAGUGUUGAAUAGAUUUGGAUUUUGGCAUCUCAUCCAAUUCUCAAGGCAUUAAGAAAGUUCCUGUCUGGCAUUACCUACAUCAGUAGGCUAUUUCCCUAGUUUCUGAGCAUUUACGUGUGAUGAUCUACAUUGUGAUAGUUAGAGGGUAGGCAAUUCGAUGUCAAUCAUAUGUGGUGUCCCACUCCUUGAAUGUGUUUACUGUCUGGCAUGUGCACGGUGGGCAUGGAAAAGAUGCCUCCAUACGGCUGGUCAUGACAGUGAAACAUGGGGCCUUGCGACUGCUGAAGAGUUUGAGCCUGUCCCACGACUAUGCCGCUAUAUUCUAGCAGUCUAUGAAGAAGAUCUUCGACACCCCCUUUUUGAACCACCUGGUGGCUAUGGGAUCAACCCAGAUUGGUUGAUUCUCAGAAAAACUUAUGAAAACACUCAAGGACGUGCUCCUCCGUAUAUAUUAUAUCUUGAUCAUGAUCAUGCCGAUAUAGUCCUUGCCAUUAGAGGUCUUAAUUUGGCAAAGGAGUCUGACUACCAAGUGCUUUUGGAUAAUAAACUGGGGAAAAAGAAAUUUGAUGGUGGAUAUGUUCAUAAUGGACUUUUGAAAGCUGCUGGAUGGGUUUUGGAGGCGGAGUGUGAUAUCUUGAAGGAAUUGGUGGAGAAGCAUCCGAAUUAUACUUUGACGUUUGCAGGACAUUCUCUUGGCUCGGGUGUAGCAGCCAUGUUGGCAUUGGUGGUUGUUCGGCAUCAUGAUAAACUGGGAAACAUCGACAGAAGGAGAAUUAGGUGUUAUGCUAUUGCACCUGCUAGGUGCAUGUCGCUAAACUUAGCAGUCCGAUAUGCGGAUGUCAUCAAUUCUGUGGUUCUUCAGGAUGACUUCUUGCCACGAACAGCUACGCCUUUGGAAGACAUUUUCAAGUCGGUUUUCUGUUUGCCAUGCCUACUUUGUAUGAGAUGCAUGAGGGAUACCUGUAUACCAGAGGAGAAGAUGCUUAGAGAUCCAAGGAGGCUGUACGCACCCGGUCGCCUCUAUCAUAUUGUUGAGCGAAAGCCUUUCAGAUUAGGAAGAUUUCCCCCUGUUGUGAGGACAGCAGUGCCGGUGGAUGGGAGGUUCGAGCACAUCGUUCUUUCUUGUAAUGCCACCUCAGACCAUGCUAUUAUAUGGAUAGAGAGAGAAGCACGGCGAGCUAUGGAUUUAAUGUUGGAGAAAGACCGGAUCAUGGAGAUCCCGGCAAAACAGAGAAUGGAACGGCAAGAGACUCUGGCUAGAGAACACAGUGAAGAGCACAAAGCUGCACUCCAAAGGGCCGUUACACUGUCAGUACCCCAUGCUUAUUUACCUUCCCGUUACGGAACUUUCGACGAGCACGAGGAUGGAGACAACUCCCAUAAAUCAACUGGCGAAUCAUCUGUUGGGUCAUCAGGGAAAAGCAAGACAAAAGUAAGCUGGAAUGAAUUGAUUGAACGCCUGUUCGAAAAAGAUGAAUCUGGGCUAAUGUUGCUCAAGGAAUCACACAGGGACGAUUGAUAAUGAUGAUGUACAUUCAGAAGAUCAAACAUUAUGGUUGUGACGAACAAUAUUCAUUGAUUCAUUUGUGCUCCUUUCCUUUAAUAAUUUAUCAUCUCAUAAUCCUGAGUGCUAUAUACGGGUUAAAGGAGAAAUGAGGCUUAGAUGAGGGAAGAAAUAUCUGCAUAAUAUUGAACUUAAGAGUUAGGCUCAAAAUCUAGCUCGGCUUCGUCAUGAAGUGAAUAAAUUUGUCAAUUUUUGAAA